AUGGACAUUUCUAAGGACCCUGUUAAGAAAUUACCAAUCUGGAUCCAACUUCCUAAUCUUGAGGUUAAGUAUUGGGGAGAGAAGAGUCUGUCGAAAAUUGUUAGCCAGAUUGGGACAAUGAUCAAGGUGGAUCAAGCUACCCACAACAGGGACAAACUUAUGUUUGCAAAGGUGUUAGUGGAAGUGAAUAUUGAUCAACAAUUCCCUGAAGUAAUUAGGUUCAGAAGUGAGAUUGGGAGGAUGAUUGAACAAAGGGUGAGCUAUGAUUGGCUGCCUAUUUCUUGUUCCAUUUGCAAAGGAAUGGGACAUACUAGUAAUGCUUGUACCAGGAGAGCCACAUUGGCAACACAGAGAGUUUGGAGACCCAAAGCUGUCCAACCUGUGGCACAUCCUGUAGCACAACCUACACCACCCCAAGGGGGGAUUACACAAGCAGCUAGGUUCAGCAAACAAAAGAGUCAACAGCUGAAACCAUUCUAUACUGCAAACAAGUAUCAGUUACUUUCUGAAGUAGAUGUGGAAUUUGACAAUGGAGAAAUUCCUAAUGGUGAAGAGAACCAGUUUCAAAGAAGUCCAGUAGGUAGGGGGUGGCAGCCCCUAAGCCUAAUGGAUAGAGUGCUUUGUUGGAAUGUGAGAGGUCUGAACAGGAAGGACAAGCAAAAAAGGGUGAGGGAUUUGAUCUCUUUACACCAUGUCAAACUGUUCAGUCUUCUUGAGACUAGAGUUAAGGCACCUAAGAUGGGAGACAUGUACCUAAACUUGUGCCCCUCAUGGUGUUUUACCUCAAACACUAGCUGUCACAGAAAUGGUAGAAUCAUAGUUGCUUGGGAUGCUGGAGCUUUUACAGUUGACAUCAUACAUAUGACUAGCCAACUGAUUCAUUGUUCUAUAACCCCCAGAAACACUUACAACAGUUUCUUUUGCACUUUUGUGUAUGGCCUGAAUACUGCUAUGGAAAGGGAGGCUCUAUGGUCAUCUCUCACUGAACUAGCCACUGCUGGUGGUAAUAAAGCAUGGAUUAUCAUGGGAGACUUUAAUGCUGUUAUGGAGAUGGAAGACAGGAUAGGUUCAGCAGUCAGAAUUACUGAAAUUCAACCUAUGAGACAGUGUAUGAAUUCUUGCCAGCUCACUACAGUGAAGACAGUUGGAAGGCACUACACAUGGAACAAUAAGCAAGACGGCACUGAUAGGGUGUUCACAAGAAUAGACAGGGUUUUAGCUAACUAUGCAUGGGAUUCAAACUUUGAAAAUGCUGAAGCUACUUAUCUCCCAGAAGAGGAGUUUGAUCAUUGUCCCAUGCUUCUGAGCACUUACAAGGAAGAAUCACAGAGAAGACCAUUCAGAUUUUUUAACAUGUGGACUACCUCUCCAAAGUUCACUGAAAUAGUUGCAGAUAAUUGGAAGAAAUAUGUCUAUGGGUGUCCAAUGUUCAGAAUCUUUCAGAAACUCAGAUGGAUCAAAGCUGAUCUUAAAUUGCUGAAUAAAUCUGGUUUCAGUGAGGUAGAGGCUGAUUACUUCAAGGCAAGGGAGCUGCUCACCAUUGCUCAAUCUCACUUACAUGCUGAUCCCACCAACAACACUCUUGCAACCAAUGAAAAGGCAUGUGCUGAUAACUAUAGGAAGACUCAAGCAGUUUUUGCUUCCUUCAUGCAACAAAGGGCUAAAUUAAAUUGGCUGGAACAUGGGGAUGAAAAUUCUAAACUUUUCCACCAAAGUAUCAAGCAAAGAAGGAAAUAG